GGGGACCAGUAUUCCCAGAUGCAGGUGAGAGCGUCCAUAGUUUCAGUUUGAAGCAACUGGUGGCAACAGGUUAGCAUUUAAGAUGGCAGGGACGGCACGCCAUGACCGGGAGAUGGCCAUCCAGGCCAAGAGAAAGCUCACCACGGCCACUGACCCCAUUGAAAGACUCCGACUGCAGUGCUUGGCCAGGGGCUCCGCGGGCAUCAAAGGACUUGGCAGAGUGUUUCGAAUUAUGGAUGACAAUAACAACCGUACCCUUGAUUUUAAAGAAUUUGUGAAAGGGUUAAAUGAUUAUGCUGUGGUCAUAGAAAAGGAAGAGGCAGAAGAGCUUUUCCGGAGGUUUGAUAAAGAUGGAAAUGGAACAAUAGACUUCAAUGAAUUUCUUCUCACAUUAAGACCUCCAAUGUCCAGAGCCAGAAAAGAGGUAAUUAUGCAAGCUUUUAGGAAGUUAGACAAGACUGGAGAUGGUGUUAUAACAAUUGAAGACCUUCGCGAGGUGUAUAAUGCAAAACACCAUCCAAAAUACCAAAAUGGAGAAUGGACCGAGGAACAAGUAUUCAGGAAAUUUCUGGAUAAUUUUGAUUCACCCUAUGACAAAGAUGGAUUGGUGACCCCAGAGGAGUUUAUGAACUACUACGCAGGGGUGAGCGCAUCCAUUGACACCGAUGUGUAUUUCAUCGUCAUGAUGAGAACCGCCUGGAAGCUCUAAAUGUUUCAAAAGAAGACUUUUUGAACUAUUAUGCUGGUGUUAGUGCUUCUAUUGACACCGAUGCCUAUUUCAUUUUAAUGAUGACAAAAUCCUGGAGAUUAUGACUUUUGUCUGUUAGUUCUUUGGAAAUCAGGGACUUGCAGAGAGUGGAAUGAGUUUCAAAGAAGUCCAGUGCUAUAGAUUUUGAUAAUGUGUAAACUAAAGUUUCUAAAAGAUCUGGAAUUUUACAAGCAAUAGAUCUUUAGUCAUCUUACUUAAUCACUUGGAACAUGUUCAUUUCCUUAAAUGCCUGAGGAUAUGUUUUUAAAUUAGAAAGAAAGGAAGGAAGGAAAGAAG